AUGCGUCAAACUUUAGUAGGAGUAGUGGUAGGCACAGCAAUGCGGAAAACCGCAAAGGUGCGCGUUGCUUCACAAAGAAUGCAUCCCAGAGUACAUAAAGUACCACAUGACGAGAAAGAAGAUUGCUCGUUAGGCGAUGUGGUAAGAAUUGAGGCGUGUCGACCGUUGAGUGCAUUGAAACGAUUUGUCGUGUCGGAGAUUAUAAAACCAGCAAGAACUUGGCAAGACCCAGAAACCGGUGAAGUAAAGCGAUGA